CCGCCCCCCCCUCCGCCUCCUCAGCCCCGCGGCUGAGCGGCGCUCAGCCACGGACGCGUGGUUUGAACAAAGUGUGGCAGAGAUACUGUGUUCAGAAAGACUGUCUACACAACUUGUGGAUUUCUAGGAGGAUGGUAUUGUUAGAGGGCGACUCAGUAACUUGGCGUGGUUGCAGCUAGGAGGGAGAGAGGAAAUGAUCACUGAAGGUUGAAAGAACGUGUAGAAAAUUCUGAUGAAACUUUAGUGGUGAGCAUUGGCACACACAACCCCUCCAUCCUGGAGGUCUCGAGAUCAGCAGUGGUGUUGUCCACUAUGUAAAGUAAGAGAUGUUAGAGCCAGCACUGGGAAAGAAGAUACAGCAGGAGGUACUCGGGCCAGAGUCAAGUUGCUCUUGGAGAGCACGAAGAUAAUCCAUUUCAGUUGUGUAGAGGAUCAGACAGUCACAUAAAUGCAGUAUCUAAAUGUAAAAGAAGAUUGCAAAGCCAUGGCUUUCUGUGCAAAAAUGAGGAGCACAAAGAAGACCGAAGUAAACCUGGAAGCUCAGCAUCAGGGUUUAGAAAUACUUUUCUACCUGCAAGAUAAAAAUCCUAUUUGUUACACCAGUGGCGAGUUUACCUCGGAGGAGCUGUGCAUUGAAGCUGCACAGAGGUGUUCUAUAUCUCCUCUGUGCCAUAAUCUCUUUGCACUGUAUGAUGAAAACAGAAGACUCUGGUAUGCACCAAACCAGGUUUUUAAGAUAGAUGAAAAAACAUCACACCGGCUCCAUUAUCGAAUGAGAUACUACUUUACAAACUGGCAUGGCACUAGUGAAAACGAACCCUCAGUGUGGAGGCAUUCCCCAAGGAAGGCAAAGAACUCUUACGAGAAAAAGCUGGCACCAGAAGGAACCCCUAUACUUGAUGCACAUUCAUUAGAAUACAUCUUUGCACAGGGUCAGUAUGACUUAGUGAAAGGCCUGGCACCAAUCCGUGAUCCUAAAAAUGAUCAAGAGGUUCAUGAAAUUGAAAACGAAUGUCUGGGGAUGGCUGUCCUUGCAAUCUCUCACUAUGCCAUCAAGAAAAAUGUGAAGCUUCCAGAGCUUCCCAAAGAUAUCAGUUAUAAGCAUUAUAUUCCUGAAACUUUGAACAAGUCUAUCAGACAGAGGAAUUUCUUAACCAGGAUUCGGAUAAAUAAUGUUUUCAAGCAUUUCCUUAAAGAGUUUAACAACAAAACCAUUUGCGACAGUAGUGUGUCUCCACGUGAUCUGAAAGUUAAAUAUUUAUCAACGAUGGAGACCUUGACUAAACAUUAUGGAGCAGAAAUUUUUGAGACUUCGUUUUUGCUGAUUUCAUCUGAGAAUGAAAUAAAUAUAUUUAAUUGUGGAGACAGUGAGAUCCUCCCACUAUAUGAAGUCAUUGUAACAGGAAACAAUGGAAUUCAGUGGAGGCUCAAGCCAAAUUCUGUACAGACAGAGAAAGAGAAGAAGAAGAAGUCUGAUGGCAAAAACAAAAAGGAUGAAGAAAAACAAAAAAUUCGAGACUUAUGGAACAAUUUUUCCUAUUUUCCUGAAAUCACCCACAUUGUCAUCAAGGAGUCUACAGUUAGCAUUAACAAGCAGGAUAACAAAAGGAUGGAAUUAAAACUAUCCUCACAUGAUGAGGCCCUGUCAUUUGCAUCGUUGAUAGAUGGAUACUUCAGACUUACAGCGGAUGCCCACCAUUAUCUCUGCACAGAUGUGGCUCCCCCACUGAUUGAGCACAACAUAAAAAAUGGAUGCCAUGGUCCCAUUUGCACGGAAUAUGCCAUCAACAAACUGCGACAGGAAGGGAAUGAAGCAGGCAUGUAUGUGUUGAGAUGGAGCUGCACAAACUUUAACCACAUUCUCAUGACAGUGACUUGUUUUGAAGGCUCAGAGCAGAUGAUAAAUAAUUCAAUCCAGUACAAGAACUUCCAGAUUGAGGUGAAGAAAGGCGGGUACUUCCUACAUGGUUCAAACAAGUCUUUCUCAUCCUUAAAAGAGCUGAUGGAUCACCUGAAAGGACAAAUACUUCGGACAGACAACAUAAGCUUUACACUGAAGAGGUGCUGCCAACCAAAACCAAGAGAAAUCUCCAACUUGCUAGUUGCAACCAAGAAGGCGCAGGAAUGGCAGCCUGCUUAUCACCUAGGGCAGCUGAGUUUCCAUCGAAUCCUCAAGGAAGAAAUAAUGCAGGGCGAACAUCUUGGAAGAGGGACGAGAACACAGAUUUAUUCAGGGAUUCUCAACUACAAAGAUGAUGAGAAUGAAGGAUAUCAAAAUGAAAAAGAGAUUAAAGUCCUCCUCAAAGUCUUGGACCCCAGCCACAGAGACAUUUCUUUGGCAUUCUUUGAAACGGCAAGCAUGAUGAGGCAGGUGUCUCACAAGCACAUUGUCCUCCUCCAUGGAGUCUGCGUCCGUGAUGUAGAAAAUAUCAUGGUUGAAGAGUUUGUUGAAUUUGGGCCUCUGGAUCUGUUUAUGCAUCGGAAGAGCGAAGUUCUGACAACUCCUUGGAAAUUCAAAGUUGCCAAGCAACUUGCAAGUGCCCUAAGCUACUUGGAAGAUAAAGAUUUGGUACAUGGAAAUGUGUGUACUAAAAAUAUCCUACUGGCAAGAGAGGGAAUUGACACGGAAUAUGGUCCUUUUAUAAAGCUGAGCGACCCAGGAAUACCAAUAACUGUGCUGUCCAGACAAGAAUGUGUUGAGCGAAUCCCCUGGAUUGCACCUGAAUGUGUUGAAGACUCCAAAAAUUUGAGCAUUGCAGCAGAUAAGUGGAGUUUUGGUACAACACUGUGGGAAAUCUGCUAUAAUGGAGAAAUACCGCUGAAAGACAAGACGUUAGCAGAGAAGGAGAGGUUCUACGAGGGGCAUUUUGUGUUGGCAACACCAUCUUGCAAGGAACUAGCGGACCUGAUGAAACAGUGCAUGAACUAUGACCCCCAUCAGAGACCCUUCUUCAGAGCGAUCAUGAGAGACAUCAAUAAACUAGAGGAACAAAAUCCCGAUAUCGUCUCAGAGAAGAAGCCCUUUACAGAGGUCGAUCCCACGCUCUUUGAAAAACGAUUCUUGAAAAGAAUCCGUGACUUGGGAGAGGGCCACUUUGGAAAGGUUGAACUCUGCAGAUAUGAUCCAGAAGGCGACAAUACAGGGGAGCAAGUGGCAGUUAAAUCGCUAAAGCCAGAGAGUGGAGGGAAUCACAUCGCUGAUCUCAAGAAGGAAAUAGAAAUCUUGAGGAACCUGUAUCAUGAGAACAUUGUCAAAUAUAAGGGAAUUUGCACAGAAGAUGGAGGAAGUGGGAUUAAACUCAUCAUGGAAUUUCUUCCUUCUGGGAGCCUAAAGGAGUAUCUCCCCCGGAACAAGAACAAAAUCAAUCUCAAACAGCUUCUCAGAUACGCGGUUCAGAUCUGCAAGGGGAUGGACUAUUUGGGCUCCUGUCAGUAUGUGCACCGUGACUUAGCAGCAAGAAACGUCCUUGUUGAAAGCGAGAACAGAGUGAAGAUUGGAGACUUUGGUCUCACCAAAGCAAUCGAGACCGAUAAGGAGUACUACACAGUCAAAGAUGACCUCGACAGCCCCGUUUUCUGGUAUGCUCCAGAAUGCUUGCUUCAGAGUAAAUUUUAUAUCGCCUCGGAUGUCUGGUCGUUUGGGGUGACACUGUACGAACUGCUUACAUACUGUGAUUCGGAGUCCAGUCCCAUGGCAGAGUUCUUGAAAAUGAUCGGCCCCACGCAGGGACAGAUGACGGUAGCACGGCUGGUGCGUGUCUUGCAAGAAGAAAAGCGUUUGCCACGUCCACCCAGCUGCCCAGAGGAGGUGGACCAGCUGAUGAGGAAGUGCUGGAUAUUCAAACAUGAUGAACGGACAACCUUUCACAAUUUGAUUCAAGGAUUUGAAACAAUUAUGAGUAAAAUGUAAUUCAUUUUUUUUGUACUUUAAUGUGUGUCAAAAUACAAAUGCCCAAGACCUUUCAUUUUUUUUAACUACUGUAAUUUGUACUCUGACUGUGCUAAUGUGUUUAAAGGAUUCUUUUCCCAACAGUUUUCCUUUUUAAUUUUAGUCAACAGUUGGAUCAAAUGAAUUAAAAGGUAUGGCAGAAACAAUAGCUUCAACUCUCUUUGCUGCUGUUAUUGCCAGGCAGUUUUAUCUUUAUCUGAUUAUGGUCUUGCCACAAUUUGAACUACCCAGAUGAAUGCGAACUGAAAGAGCCAUGUCAAAAAAUGCUGCAGUUCUCAGUGCAAUCUGUAGCAUUUAAAACAGGUCUGCUGUGUACACUUAUUCCUUGAAUAACUGAACUAGUGGACAUAAGCAGACUUGAUACAGUAAUUUAAUAAUUUUCAUGGGUUUUGAGGAGGUUUUAAAAAAAGUUUGGCUGACAAAUAUAUUUUGUGUGCA